AUGGUGCAGCGCCCAGCCGGGCUGGCGCGCUCAGAGCUGCCGUGGGCGACGCGAGGGAGGAGGAAGGGCUCGCAGCCCAAGAGCCAGGGCCGGCCGGCCGGCUGCCUUCCGGGCGGCUCGCAAGGUCACCGGCCCCGGGCCACGUGUCCCCAGCCGCCGCCGCCGCCCGCAGUCGGGGCCUCGCGGCGACACGUGGCCGCUCAUCCCCUCCCGCGCCCCGCUCACCUCACAGCGCACCGACCCCGCCGGCCAGCCCCAUGGAGACGGAGACGCCGCCGCCGCCGCCGACCCCCGAGGAGUGCCCGGCCGCCCGCCGCCGCCGCCCGGUCAGCCGCCUCGUCGAGCCCGCCGCAGACGCCGGCCCGAGGUGGCGGAGGGAGGGCGGGCGGACGGCGGCGGCCGCUGCAGGGACUGACAAAGCCCGACGGCGCGCCGCGCCGCUACUUAUACGCGGAGCACGUCGUCAUGGAGACGCACCAGCUCAAACCAGCCGCGAUCGGUUCCGGCCGGGGAGGAGGAGCAGGGGGGGGGGGGGGGGGAGGGGAGGGGCCGGGGCUCCACGGGGGCCAACCCUCUCCCCCCAACACACACAUCCCCUCUCGCACCCCCCCCUCCCACUUCUCCAACCCGGGCUCGGCGCGGGGAGCCGGAGGCGCGGGCCGCGCGCGUCAGCGGGGGCGGAGCGCCGCGCGUGCCCGCCCACCCGCGCCCCCCUCCUCCCCCCGAGGGGGGAGUGACGGAGCAGGGGGGGGGGUGCCUCCGCCCGCGCGCGCGCGCCCCGCCCGGCCUCGUGCCGGACACGCCCUGCGGCAGGCCCGCGCACGCGCACCAAGCCGCGGGUCCCGCCUGCCAGCACGCCGCAGGGCCCUCUGGGCAGCGGGCGGGAGCCGGCGGGCGCCUGCGCACUCGCUCUCGGGCGCCUGCCCUGUCUCCCCGGCCCCCCCACCUCCAGGCGGGCUCGCGGAUGGAUGGGCCGCGAGUGGGCUGCAGGUGGACGUGGCGGGCGCAGACCGACCCUGCUUCGAGGUCCCCCGCACGCCUAGGCGUGGAGCUUGCUGA